GGAAUGUCAUUUUGUAAGUCGCUUCAACAUGACUCAGUCACAAAAGAAAAACAUCUCCGGGUGUUAUUGAACGAAAGAAAAGACACAACGACGAAUAUUUACAAAAAAAACUCGUUUUGUCACAACCAUAUACGGUGACAACAUAUCGCAGUUCGAGACGAUAAGUUUUGUUAUUCAACAGAGAGUGUGAUUGCGAAAAUCAACAAGAAAGAAAGGCGCUCCAGUGCGGAAAGAAAAAUUCAGCAGAAGCCCCAAAUUGCUGCAGAUUGUCUCCAUCCAAUGGGCAGGUGAAAGCACUGACGACAAUCAAGAAACAACGGCGUAUAAAUUUCAUCCAUCAUGAAAUUGGAACAUCUGGCGAUAUUUUUGGCCUUUCUGAGCUUGCAAUGUUUCGUCCGGGCCGACAGCUCUUCAGAAGAGGAUAGCUCUUCUGAUGAAGAUCAGAAUGAAGCCCUGUUGGAGGAAGAUCCAGAAUUCGAUUUACUCAUCUUCACACAAAGAUGGCCCAUAACGGCUUGCUACGAAUGGCGAGAGAAAAGUCCGGACCACAUUUGCGGUUUGCCUUCGGCGCAGAACAUCUGGACCAUACAUGGAAUCUGGCCUACCAAACUGAACACUAUAGGGCCUAGCUUCUGCAAUAAGACGGCAGUGUUCAACGUGACGGAACUGGAUCCCAUUGAAAAGCAGCUGGAGCAAUUCUGGAUUAACGUGGAAAAAAAUAAACCCUAUGAUUCUCUAUGGCGUCAUGAAUGGCUUAAACAUGGAACUUGCGCUGCAGCCGUGAUGGUCCAACUGAAUACGGAGGACAAAUACUUCGGUCAAGGCCUAACGUGGCUGCAACAGCAUUCAAUGGUUGAUGUGCUUGGAGAAGGAGGUGUUUUACCUGGCAACAAUUAUACAGUGCUAGAGAUCCAUCAAGUUUUGAUAGAUCGCCUUCAGAAGAACAUUGCAAUAGAGUGUUAUCACGACAAGGAAACAAAACAGCAAUUUUUAAAUGAGAUACGCGUCUGUUUCAACAAAAACCUAGAGCUGGAAAAUUGUGACGGAAUUCUGUUCGAGGACGUUUUCAUUGAUCAGCCACAGGGAAAAAUUAUCACCAACUGCAACCUGAACAAGCCGAUAUUCUAUCCGGCAACUGUACCCUUAUCACGAUACGAAAAGACACACAUGUCUCCAUUUGAUCUACACGCGAAAUUCUUGGAGGAGUUCAAGCGAAAGAAAGCAAAUCAGAACAAAACGAUGAAGACCUUGGUUAAUAUUUAUAAACUUAUUCAGCUGCUCAAGUGGUCAACAAUUUAAAAAUCAACAGAAACUUCACACUAUCAAACAACGUCUUUCAGCUUAUUUCAACUUAAACUACUCGACAUCCGUGACGUUGACUUGCAUUGCUGACCGUUUUGUGUUUUUAAUUGAUUUGAAUAAAUAGACACUACUAUUUUACAUGUUGAGGCGCUUAAAAUCACAACCAACGACUACGUCAUGUACCUUCAAUUUGUAUCUAAUAAACGUGAAAUACUUCUAAUUCGGCUAACCAAAAACGCAAACAUAAAAACGACUGUAAAUAGCAUCCCUUACUUUAAUAAUUACUGAAAUUAAAUCGGAAACGAAACGACCUGAACCCAGCAUAGUGUGAUAAAGUACAUUUAAGCUUCAGAAUUGUGAAAGCUUUCUUUCAAUUUUAUUUAAAUAAAAGUGAGCAGCAGUGA